AACACGAGCCGAUUCCAGAUAAGACAUCGCACGGACAAAGAGAUUAUGCAAUCCAAACAGAGCAAGCUUAUAUUACAAAACACAGGCCUAAUCCUAGGAUUUUGAGAAUUCUGCGGUUCGGUGCAGGGCAAAUUUAAUCUCUUCCUGUCCUUCAAGCCGAGGGAACCUGCUUGAGGUUGGUGCACAUUUUCGUUGUGAUAAUGGCUCGGGUUUACGUUGGGAAUUUGGAUCCGAGAGUCUCAGAGAAGGAUAUCGAAGAUGAAUUCAAAAUGUAUGGUGUUCUUAGAAGUGUGUGGGUUGCACGGAGGCCACCAGGAUAUGCAUUUGUUGAGUUUGAUGAUCGCAGGGAUGCUAUGGAUGCAAUUCGAGCAUUAGAUGGAAAGAAUGGGUGGCGCGUGGAGCUUUCUCAUAAUUCCAAGGGUGGUCGAGGUCAUGGUGGCCAUGGACGUAGUGGUGAUGACUUGAAAUGUUAUGAAUGCGGGGAACCUGGUCAUUUUGCUAAAGAGUGUCGCCUGCGCAUUGGGUCACGAGGUUUGGCAAGUGGGCGUCGCAGAAGUCCCAGCCCACGACGCCAUAGCAGUCCAAGUUAUGGGUACAGACGCAGGAGUAAUAGUCCUCGUGGCAGAAGAUCUCCAAUACGCCACAGCCUAUCACCUCGCCGUGGUCGCAGCUACAGCAGAUCUCCUCCAUACCGUCGUUUUCGUCGUGAUUCACCAUAUGCCAAUGGAGAUUAAGGCUGGAAGCCAAAUUGAAGCAAGAGUGGAAGGACAUUAAAGGAGGCAUUAUCUGCUAUACUGUAGUUCUAAUAGGACAGGUUGAUGUUAGUUAUGUUCAUGUCCUGACAAUGAGGUUUGUUAGAAACUUGGUUUGGAUGGCCUCAUGGAAGUGUUGCUAAAGAAUAGGACAAUCGUCGUUGGCUUGCUCUCCCAGCUGCUUACUGGAUCUUGGAGGUCUCUUUCAUACUUUAAAUUGCAACCUUAUUGCUGUUUAUAAUGCUUAGUCUUAACUUAUUUGUAGUAGUAAUAAUCUGUUUGGAUAGCUGUUUCUAAAAGAUUUGUGUGUUUGUUUUGAGGUGCUGUACUGUGGUUUAGGCUAAAACGGCAUCAUUUCUCCACUUUACUGCUUCUUAGCUGCACACAGUUUUUGUCCAUCUCUGCUUCUCUGCACGUUAUCUGUCCUCGUCGCCCCUGCAUGUUAUUCAGCUUGACCCGCAUGUUGAAACUACAAAAUUUCAGAAACUUGGUUGUGUAUGCCACUUUCACUGCAUUCUUCUGCACGGAGCUAUUGUGUUCUGUCCUACCUCCGACCCUGCAUAUUAUUCGGGCUUGAAUCACAUGUUGAAAUUAAUGAACGUUCGGAAACUUGGUUGUCUAUACACCUUUUACUGCAUUCUUCUGCAACAAAGCUUCUGCUACCCUUGCAACCUUUGCAUUUCUGCUAGCUGCUUCAAGAAGGUGGAGCUGUUUAUUAUUGUCCCCAUUUCUUAGUCUUGUUUGUUCAAGUAAGCAUUGAACCUGCAAUGCAUUCAUCCUUGUAUGGUUUGCAUCAACAACGUGCCCUUAUCUGGCAUGAUCUCCACUCUUCAUCCAUGAGUUGAAGUGGUAUGAUGCCUUUCGGGUUCUCAGUUCUCUAGCAGGUGAAUGGCUUCAAGUAUGUAUGGAAGAAAUCCAAGGAAUUUUUUCACCAUUUUAUAGUGCAAGACAAAUGGCAGCUAUGUAUGAGCAAUCAGGGAAUGGGUCUAAAGAUAAUUCUGCCCAGAAUUGUUUGAGUGGCACUUGAGAGAAUUAUGUUGCUUUGGUUAAAUAACUGAAGUUGAUUUUGUUAUAUCCCUGAGUUUUGUCGA